AUGGGUUUCUUCGAUAACCUCUGGGACGGCGUCAAGUCGGCUGGUGGGUGGGUCCUCGACCACUCGGGCGAUAUUGCAUCCGCCGUCGGGACCGUUGGCAAAGUAGCUGGUCUCCUCACUCUGGAUAAUAGCACCCAUGCGUUUUCCGCUGAUGCUAUCCUGAACAGUCAGGCUAUUGAGACGGACUCACGAAAGCUCGCCAAAUAUCAUCAGAACUUUGCCUCCGUCAGUGAUCAGCUAGCUGCCACCGCCGAAUCGGGAGUCAAGGCACCCCCUAAGACGACUGGCAAGACCACCACCGUCGAUGACAGCCUUGUUGGCUUAUGGACAGACCCCAAGGGCUUAUCUUCCGAUGGGAAACCUUCUACAUCGAUGUAUCAUGAUCUUUCGGCUUUUAUGGGAACUAUGAACAUCCCGGUUUCUUGGAAAGAUGACUCUGGGCAUGUUCAUGAUACCGUUAACGAGAUUGGACAGGUUCUGUUUGCAAAGACUGGACCACAGGCUCUCGUAGAGCUUUCUAAGAGCGAAAAUCCUAUCGCCAAAGUCAAUGCGGAAGUCUCGACUCAAGAUGGUUACAUUCAUGCCUGCCACGUCUACUACCCGAUCCCAAUGGGAAACGAUAACAACUCGCUGCAUAGUGCUAUCCAUCUUAGCUACACCACAAAUGCAUGA